CGUUCAGAUGAUAGAUAUCAGAACCCCGCGAAGAUGUUAAGAUCCGCUUUUCGAAGUUACUUUGUGUUAAUUUCCAUUAUUUAUCUAGUUUCUUGUGAUGCUGAGAAACCGCGGGUUCUAAAGGAACCUCCCGAGUUGAAUUAUUUUAGUAUAAUGCCGACAAGUAGGGCCAAAAACUCCGGUAUUAUCUAUGGCGAUGGUAGCUUCGAACUUGCUGCUUCAGCUGGAUCAGAUGUGUCCGUUCAAGUUUAUGGAUAUAGAAAAGAAAUAAAUGGGACACUUACAUUUGUUAUUGGUGGUGCCUACAAACAAGGAGGUUAUUAUCUAAAGUUCUCUGGAAGUGAAGCCACCGGAUUCGCGAUAGAAACGCUACCCAUUCCCGCCGCAUAUCCAUUAAAAGUGGUAUCAACCAUUCUUGGAUAGCUGUGUUUCAUUAUCUAUCUUAAAAUCAUCUUAUAUUUACGACGGAAGAAAAGUAUUAUAUAUACACGAGCCAGAGAACAUAGUUUUCUCUACGAAAUAUUUGACACUAGCAGGGGCUGUUGAAGUACAUAAAACGCAACAGAUUUGUCUAAAACUAAAACAGUGGAUGCCACAAUGUGAGUGAUUAAACCUCAGCGAACAAGGAAGGUUCAGUACCCAAUUGUUGUGUUAAUAAUAUAAAAGUAUCAUUAAAAUUCUAUAAAAUUGAUCCAAAUCUUAAUAAAGAAGGUGAUUGCAGCCAG